AUGCCAAUCGGAUACGGAGCCCCACCACCACCACUCGGAUCAGGAGUCGGAUCUGGAAUUGGAUAUGCUCCACCACCACCACGUCCAAUGGGAGGAGUUGGCUAUGGAGCACCACCACCACCACUGGGAGCUGGAAUCGGAGCAGGAGUGACACCAGGUAUGCCAGGAUAUGUACAACAAGCUCCUCCACUUCCAACUCAACAAUAUUCUGCCUAUGGAGGACAGCAACCAGGCAUGCCACCACCACCACAACCAUACGGUGGAUCAACCAUCUAUCCAUCUGGCUACAGUCAACAACCAUAUCCAAUCGGAACUGGAGCCACUCCAUCUGCGCCUGGAAUGUACCCGCCUGGACAAUAUCCACCACCACCAACUGGACAAUACCCACCAGGCCAGCCAUAUCCAGGAUAUCCAAGACCAUAUUAA